AUGGAGGUUUCUAGUGGAGCUUCUCCUAGAAUGAGUUUGGGUCAGCUACAAAAGGAGGCAUCCGAAGAAACCCAUUUGCAAAAUUUUGAGUUUGAAUCAUCCUAUUACAAUGAUAGGCAUAUCCAUCAAUUCCAUUCAACGAGUGCAUUGGAGAUCUUGAGAGAAACUGUGAGAAUUCUCCGAUGUAAUUCAUGGUCGUUUAUGACGAUUAUUGCUUUGCUUAUUUGUCCAGUCUCUGCCAUUCUUUUGUCAAAUGUAUUAGUUGAUCAGUCUAUUGUUAAGAGAUUGAGUAUUAGGCUUUUGUUAGUUGCAAAAUCUACUGGACUCCCAUUGCGGCCAUUUAUCAACCAGUCGUGUCAUCGUUUUGCCGAGAUGGCUUUUUCGUCGGCGAUGUGCUUCCCAUUGUUUAUUACCUUGUCUUUGUUAUCGAGAGCUGCGGUGGUUUAUUCUGUAGAUUGCACUUAUUCGAAGAAAGAUGUCGAUGGUUCAAAGUUUUUGGUGAUAACAAGGAAAAUUUGGAGAAGGGUUGUUUCGACGUAUUUGUGGUCGUGUAUGGUUAUUGUUGGUUGUCUCACAUUAUUCUGUGUUCUUCUUUUAGCUGUUUGUAGUACAUUUUCGGUAAUUGGGUUUUGGCCGGAGUUAAAUCUGUAUGCUGCAAUAGUAGUGGGGCUAGCUUUCUCAGUUGUUUUUGCCAAUGCUAUUAUUAUUUGCAAUAUUGCUGUUGUGAUCUCUGUGUUGGAGGAUGUUUCAGGGCCGCAGGCACUGCUCCGGUCCAGUGUUUUAAUUAGGGGACAGACUCAGGUGGGUCUUUUGAUAUUUCUUGGAUCAACAAUUGGGAUGGCAUUUAUAGAAGGUUUGUUUGAGCAUAGAGUGAAGACAUUGAGUUAUGGAGAUGGGUCUUCCAGGAUUUGGGAAGGUCCUCUUCUGGUUGUUAUGUAUUCAUUUGUGGUGCUUAUUGAUAUGAUGAUGAGUGCUGUUUUCUACUAUAGUUGUAGAUCUUAUAGUAUGGAAGCCUUGGACGGUGAAUGCCAGUCAAUUUUAGAAACAGUCACUGUUUCUACUGAAUCUAUGGGUACUCCGUGA